GUUGUUCUCUCUCUCUCUUUCUCGUCACCGCCUUUCAGUUCUGUCGUUGCUGCAUCCUACUCCACAUUCAUUUUCACAUUAUUUGCUCCAUCUCAUUGUCCACCCUUUGACCAUAGCAUUUCUGCAAUUGUGCCUUCUAGACAGUAUUAAGAUAUCAUUUUGCUUAGAGGGUGCACCUCAAGUUUCAAUUUUUUCUUUGCCUUUUUAGAUGCUUUCCCAGUUUUCUUUUCUGUUGCUUUAUUUUGGACCAAGAAUGGAACGCGUGAUUCUUUUUGGUUGAGAGUGUUUCGAGGAACCUUCUGACUGAACUCCCCUUGGCCCUUCAGUGGCUUCAUAGGACUCCUGAGCUCUUUGGCAAGUGUAGUUCUAUGGUGACGUUCAAACUUCCUAGGUUGCUGAGUUUGGAAAAGUGAAAAAAACAAGGUGCAGUAUUUGCGUCACUGCUAUGACAUCGUUGCUUAGUUUCCGGGUGUCGCCUUAUUUGGUGUUGAAUUCGGAAUUUAGGCCGCUGUGUAGAGUGCAAGCGAGGAGUUCAGUUGGUGGUGACUCAACGGUGUCAUCAUCUCCUGAACUGGUUGUGUUGAAUGGAGGUCCUCCUGUGGAGGAGAGAGAGAAAAUUGGUCCUUUGAAUGGAGGAAAUGGGUAUGCAGCUUCUAAGACUGAGGUGAUGAAGAAGAAGAAGAAGAAGGUGGAGAAAGAAGCCAAAGCUACCUCUGUUUUGGAAAGCUUGGACGUGUUGUGGGAUGAUGCGUAUGGAACAAGUAGUGUGAAGGAUUAUCUUGACUGCUCAAGGGAUAUGAUUAGGCCUGACGGAGGUCCGCCCCGUUGGUUUUGCCCUGUUGAGUGUGGACAGCCUUUGAAUAAUUCUCCGGUUCUUUUGUUUUUCCCCGGGCUUGAUGGCACUGGACUGGGCCUCAUUUUGCACCAUAAAGCACUGGGGAGGGCUUUUGAAGUUCGAUGCUUGCAUAUCCCUGUUUAUGAUAAGACUCCAUUCGAAGAUCUGGUGAUAUUCAUUGAGAAGACUGUUAAAGCUGAGUAUGCCUCAUCUCCACAUAAGCCCAUUUAUCUUAUUGGGGAUUCCCUUGGAGGUUGCCUGGCACUUGCUGUGGCUGCUCGUAAUGCUACCAUCGACCUGGUAGUCUUAUUAACGAAUCCAGCUACGUCAUUUGGGCGUUCACAGCUGCAGCCACUGUUACCUUUAUUGGAAGCUAUGCCUGACGGACUCCAUUUCACGGUCCCCUAUCUUCUAAGCUUUAUUAUGGGUGACCCUGUGAAGAUGGCAACCGUCAAUAUUGAUGAUAUGCUUCCCCCGAGAGCGGCACUUGAAAAAUUGUCCAUCAACCUCACUUCUUUGCUGCCUCGCCUCUCAGGUUUGGCUGAUAUAAUGCCCAAGGAAACUCUUCUUUGGAAACUGAAGUUGCUUAAAUCAGCUGCCUCUUAUGCUAAUUCUCGUCUUCAUGCUGUGAAUGCUGAAGUGCUUCUCCUUGCCAGUGGCAAGGAUAACAUGCUCCCUAGUCGAGAUGAAGCCCAAAGGCUUAUGAACUCAUUGAAGAACUGCAGAGUUCGUCACUUCAAAGACAAUGGACAUUCACUUCUAUUGGAAGAUGGUAUUAAUUUGCUGACCGUCAUCAAAGGUACCGACACAUACCGUCGAACAAGGAGGCAUGAUUACGUCUUGGAUUUCCUGCCUCCUAGUAUGUCAGAAUACAAAGUAGCAUUCACUCAAGUUGUCGGACUAUUGCGCAAUGCAUCUGGUUCGGCAUUAUUCUCGACUUUAGAUGAUGGGAAGAUAGUGAGAGGCCUUUCAGGGGUUCCUUCAGAAGGACCGGUGUUGUUGGUCGGUUAUCACAUGUUGAUGGGACUUGAGCUUUAUUCCGUCGUUGAAGGAUUCUUGAGAGAGAAGAACAUUAUUGUGCGUGGGGUAGCUCAUCCAGAGUUGUUCUCUGGAAAACUGGAAAAUCCAUCUUCUGAGUUUGGUAUAAUUGAUUGGAUGAAAGUAUUUGGAGCAGUUCCUGUAACGGCAAGCAACCUCUUCAAAUUGUUUUCGACCAAAUCUCAUGUUCUUCUUUAUCCAGGGGGUGCACGCGAGGCUCUCCAUUAUAAGGGUGAAGAAUAUAAGUUAUUCUGGCCGGACCAACCUGAAUUUGUGAGAAUGGCUGCACGUUUUGGUGCCACAAUAGUACCAUUUGGAGCUGUGGGAGAGGAUGACAUAGCGGAAUUGGUACUUGAUUACAAAGAUCUGAUGAAGAUUCCGUUCGUCAAUGACUACAUCAGAGAAUCUAGUCGAAACGCUCUACGAGUGAGGGAGGGUAUGAGCGGAGAGGUUGCGAAUGAAGCGGUUUUUAUUCCAGGGAUUUUGCCGAAAAUACCUGGCCGCUUGUACUAUCUGUUUGGGAAGCCCAUAGAGACGAGGGGGAGAUAUGAAUCACUGAAGGACCGAGAAAACGCAAAUGAGUUGUACCUGCAGGUAAAAUCCGGAGUCGAAAGCUGCAUAGCGUACUUGCUCAAGAAGCGAGAGGAAGACCCUUAUCGAAAUAUAUUUGAUAGAAUCAUACAUAAAGCGUUACAUUCUCCUUUAGAUGACAUUCCAGCAUUUGAGCCCUGGAAAUAGUUUUGGCCUCAUGCAUUUCAUUCAGAGUGACCUGGCCUAUGUCUCGGCUGAACAUAAACAUGUGCAAACGCCAUUCCUGUAGAUCUAAUUUUCAGUUGGAAAAUACAAUUUCUUCUUUCGUGGA